GUAAGUAAGACUCCCUUCGAGUCAAGCCGAUUUAGAUAGACGUUGCGCAAACUGCCAACACAAGAGCUGCUGCAAUCUCGUCAGGUCUGAGCAGCCUGCAUAUGCAGAGCGUUGCUAGGCCUCAUGCAGUUAGAGACGUCUCCUCGUGAGGCUUUUCCCCACUGGUGCUCGCAGGUUCCAAUCCUUUCACGCUGUCGACGGCAGCAGGUACGGAUACGGAAGCAAUCGCCUCAGCAUGUCAAGCUGGCCUGGCCCCGUUUCCUCCACAUUCCCCGCAUUGUCAGUCUCGGGCCAAGAUCUCUGGGCAUUGAGAAAAACCCCAUUCUCCUGGCGACGGUGACAAUUGAUGGGGAGGCCCAACCGACUGUUCAACGCGAAGGAGAAAGCGUCCGGAUUUGGACAAGAAGAAGGCCUCACUGACAUCACAAACCGAACCAGCUGAUGUGUUUUUGUGUUCAGAUCAAAGAAACGUCGGUGAGGUAGGUGGCUUUGAUCUGAUCUCUUGGCUCUCGGUACGGUAAGCCCCAUGUCCCACGGAACAUUUCAGGGGCGCUGGCCAUCUUGGAGCUGAAAAGGGUUAGGGUAUGAAAUGACGGGCGCGACAAGGGCGCAACAAAGACUGCGGGGGAACCAGGUCAACUGGGCAAUAGCUCGGGGGACCUACUUGAACAGGCUAGAGGAGUGGUCAAGACGAGACCUACCAGCGGGGGGUGGCAACCAGGAUCCAUUGUCCUCCAGACCAACGCACCUUGCCAUCACGGGGGAGCAAGCGACAGAAAGCGACGAUGGCCCCGACCCUUGCUCUCCCGACUUGCAAGCUUGCCCGCCGACAGGCAACUCCCCUGUGCGGCGUCCCCAAUUCUCUUUGCGACCACUCAGAGCUCUUGUGUUCAUGACACACUUAUAAGUGGUCAGCCCUGUCCUCCCGCGUCUCUUAUACCCCCCUUCUUUCCUCUUCAUACCGUUUCACCCUCCCGUCCAUCCACCCAUUCUGCAUCUUUCUUUCUGCAGGCUGAGGAGAACCGGUAUCGAGAUCCGUCACAGACUUCCGACAUGGCCGACGCCGACAAGCCCAUCGCUACCACUAGCGAGAAUGUUGUUGAGAAGCCGCGGAGACGCGGAUGUGUAGGACACUGCGUCAGAUUCUGGUGGGUGUACUUGAUCGUCCUCAUCGUUCUUACUGUCAUUCUUGUGCCAGUCAUUCUCCUGGUCGCCGUUCCCAAGAUUGCUCAGUCCAAGCUUGAUGACGCCGAGCUCAUCAUCAACGGCAUCACUGUCACCGAUACCCAGACCAAGAAGAUGACCAUGUCUAUCGACAGCACCAUCAAGAGUGAUGGCAAGGUUCACGCCACCAUUGAGCCCUUCCUCGGGGUCAUGUACCUCGAGGAUAUCCCUUCUCACAUUCCUUUCGCCAGCAUCAACUUCCCCGAGACCACCAGCGAGGCCCUUCAGCAGGUCAAGGUUACCCAGACCCUCGAGAUCAAGGAUGUGGAUGCCCUGACCACCUUCAACACAUGGCUGCUCGCCAACGAGACCCUCAGAGUGACCGUCUUUGGUGAGACUGGUAUUCACGUCAAGGGCAUCUCUAGACGCUAUCCGGUUACUUUCAAGAAGACCAUCGAGAUGCCCGGCCUCCAGAUGCUUCGGGGCACUUCUGUCAACGAGACCACGAUCAACCUCGAUCCCGUGUAUAACUUCAACGCAACAACCUGGAUUCCCAACCGCUCUCUUGUGUCUUUCGAACUUGGCAAUGCCACCUUCCACAACUACCUUGACGGCAAGGAGAUUGGUACCGUCUAUAUUGACAACCUCUUCCUCAAAGCCGGCGAGGUCACCAAGGCCGACAUGCGCGCCACCAUUGAGAAUGCACCCGUAAUUGAGGCCCUCGGAAAGUCUCCCGCUUGCGACAAGGACAAUGGAUGGCUCGACUUCGAAAUUCGUGGCAAGACCGUCAACAACAAGGGCCAAGACCUUCCCUACUUCGCCAACGCUUUGGCUGCAGACACCCAGACCAUUCCUAUCGAUAUCGGCGGCACGAUUCAGCGGUCUUUGGGCCUCACUAUUCCCUGCGGCGGCCUCGGCGGCGGUGAUCAUUCUGAUUAAGUCGCAGGCCGUCAUGAGUCCUGAUGAGCACCUUGCCAUAUAUCGAAACUUGUAAUGACCGGGCGAACGGAUGGAAUUCUGUGUUAAUACCUUUCUGCUUUUUUUGUUGAUGUUGUUUCUGGGAGCCGAGAUACCACUGUAUGGUUUUUUUUGCUGCGAUGGGAUGAGUAAUGUGGAAAAACAAAGAUACCAAAUGAAGUUCAUGAAUUGAACUUGGAGAAGGGAGGCUCAGUCUGACUGUAGCUAUGGGAAGAUAGGGGUCUUGGGGCGGGGGGUUAUGUACAGUACUUUUGGAUGGGCUGGCUAUAUAUAAGUCGGCAGUCCUUGUGACACUGCCAGUCGGUGGGCGACAUUGACUGACCAACAACAUGACGCCUUUUAGGCCUUCAAGAUACGCAUGCUUCCUAUCUUUUA